AUGGAUGAAUCAGGAACAACUAUAAACAUGCCUGGCAUUGAAAUACAUGCUAGUUGUAUACAUAAAGAUGAUGAAAUGGAUCUUUUAUUGGCUACUAAAAAGUUGUCAAAUGAUAUGAAUGAAAAAUGUUGUGAUAUUAAAGAAGGUCGAAGAAUUGUAGAAACAACAAAAGAUGGUAACAAUAAAGGCGUAAGAAGGAAAUUUUUAUCGUACAGUUACGAAAAUCUGCUAUCGAAAUUUACAUCUCACAGCCUACAAGUUAGAAAUGAGCGGUCAUCCACAGCACGACCUUUUAUGCCAAUUGCUGGACAAAUACCAAUUGAAUUUGGCAAAUUAACAAUCCCGCACAUUUCUUGUGCUUCAUCCAAAUCUUGCAGAGGUUAUGGAAGUAUCCGUGUGAAGGUACAAGACGAAAAACUGCAAGAAAAAUCUGCUGAUAGUAAGAAUGAGAGUUUGGAUGACGAAAUUACGAAGCGUAAAAGCUAUAGCAACUAUGAAACAACAUUUGACAAAUUAUCAUCACUUACCACCAAGGAAUGGAUGACAAUUUGUAUGUUAUCAAUUGCAAAUCUUGGCAGUACCAGUGCUUACAGCUGUAUUGCACCUUUUUAUUCAAAUGAGGCAAAAAUCAAAGGUUUAAAAAGUUUCGAGAUAGGUGCAGUAUUCGGUGUCUUCGAAUUGAUAAUGUUUUUUGUUGCACCGCUAUUCGGCAAAUAUAUGAUUUUAAUUGGCUCAAAAAAGAUGUUUGUUUCCGGAAUUGGAAUUACUGGCAUCACUGUUGUACUUUUUGGAUUUUUGAAUUACAUCGAAUCGUCAUCUUUAUUUUUCUGGUCCUCAAUUGGCCUUCGAAUACUAGAAGCCUUUGGUGAUGCGGCUUUUGUCACAUCGUCAUUUUCAAUUGGUAUUAAAUGUUUUCCGGGACGAAUUGCACUUGUUAUUGGUGUACUGGAAACAUUCGUAGGUCUUGGUACUACAGCAGGUCCACUACUUGGUGGCAUAUUGUAUGAAAUUGGCGGUUUUCAAUUACCAUUUCUUGUAUUGGGAAUUAUUCUACUCUUUCUUGGAUUAUUAGCAUCUUUUUUGGUGGAAAAUAUGGAUGAUGAUGUAACAAUGGAUGGUAAAGGUAUGUUAGGUAUAUUAAAGAUACCAAUGUUAUGGAUUAUGAUUUAUGCAGUGAUUAUUUGUGCUAUAUCAUUAUCUUUUCUCGAUCCAACAUUAGCAGAUCACUUAGAAUCGUUCAAACUUACACCAUCCAUUGUCGGCUUAAUGUUUUUAUUAUCUGGUGGAAUUUAUACGAUAACAGCACCUCUCUGGAGUAUAAUUAUUGAUAAAUUUAACUGUGGCAAAAUGGUUAUAAUGUUUGGUUAUGUUGCAGUUGUGAUUAGUAUGAUUAUCAUUGGACCAUCACCUUUUCUGAAUGCUGAAAAAAACUUAGGCUGGAUAGAAGUUGCAUUGGGUGUGCUUGGUAUUUCAGCUAGUGCUUUGUAUAUUCCAACUUUUCAAAUGUCGAUUGAUGCAUUACGUGAAUAUGGGUACGAUGAAUCAUUGCAAACGUAUGGUUGUGUAACAGGCUUAUUUCAAUCUGCCUAUUCCUUUGGAUCAUUUGUUGGGCCAACAGUUGGUGGUUUAUGUGUCCAAUGGAUUGGUUUCCCGUGGACGACAACUAUCAUAGCUUUAUUAAAUGUUGUCUUCAUUAUUGCAAUUUCAUGUUUUUAUGCAACGUAUGGCAAGUUCGGUUUUUGUAAUCGACGGAAAUCAGAUCGCAAGUACUAA